CAUUGGUCCUCUGGCAACAAACAGUCUUACUGCAGCGUAGGGAAGACACCGUCUUCUUCAAGUUUCCACGUUGACCUCCAAAGGAAAUGGCCGCAUAGCAGCACGGCAUCUCCUCCCCAAUCGAUUCAUCUUCCACAGCAAGAGCUACACGUGAGAGUUUAACUUUGGGAACCACUAGCGAUCAGACUACUUUAUUUAUUCAACGUCUUCUCCCAUUGAAAGCGCAUCGCCGGAAAUCCUGAAAUAAAUUCAGGAAUAAUGCAAGCACCAGGAUUUGAACCCUGGUGGGUUGGGGAUACCACUGUCCACCUAACCAACUCAACCACAGGUUGAUUCGCGCAAUCAAACUACUGAUGGUUAGCAUUUCAUCAAACUAGCCCCUUGCCGUACGAUUGAAAUCUUUCGAAGCGUCAGAUUAAUCCAAGGAAACAUGCAUGCAACGUAUUCCUCAAUAAGAAACUGGUUCCCAGAAAUUACGGCAAUCUAUGUUUUGUUGUUUUUGGUAAGCCGUCAUUUGCUUGCACCAAAUAAAUAAAGAAAUUAAUGCUUCCCAGAAAUUAAGUUAAAAACUCCAUUUUCGUUUUCUGGUAAGUUGUGAUUGCUUCCAAACAAACAAAUACAGAAAUUAAUGCUUCCUAGAAAAUUUCAAGAAAAUAGGAAAUUUUCUUCCAACAAAAUAAAGGUUUAUGUAGAUCUUUUUUCUGUAGCGCAAGGUGCUGUGGAAACUUUAUAUUUUGUCAAUGGAAGCAUCAUUCAAGAGAAACAUAUUAUGUGAUAGUAUAUGAUAGAAAUAUUUAUUUCAACAAAGCAAUAUUUCAACCUUGUGGUAGCAUUUUUUACACACUUUGGAAACAUUUUUUGUGUAACAAAAACUAUAUUCAUGUUUGAUGGAAACAUUUGCGUCGCAACGGAAUUGUCCGGAUCGAUGACAUGAAUAUACACGGAUACAAAUUCCUUUGAUACGAAUUCUUUUCGAUGCGUGCAGAGAACUGUCAUCAAUAACAAGACUGCUCUCGGCUUGAUCGUACUAAAACACCACCAGGUCGAUGGAAACCAGGUCAAUGAAUAGUGGCCUCAAAAAUCGGGACGUAGCGGACCAGCACAUGGUAACAUAAUUAAAUGUCUUACUUCUUUUUUCACACAACGUUACCCUCAACAUUUUCUAUACACGACGCGCGCCUAAUUAGCACCGGCCAGAGAGCGUAGGCUAAACUUCUCUGAAAAUAGACACACACUCACACACACGCACCGUAUCAAGGCGAGGCUUGCAGGUUGGAAAGGCAGGCUGCUGCCGAUGGCAGGGCGUCGUGUGUUGGUCCGCUGCGUUCUAAGCGCCAUGCCAACAUUCGCGCUCACCGUGCUACGCUUGCCGAAGAAGAUUCUUAGGGAGAUCGACAAGUGCAGGCGCCGGUUCCUCUGGAGCAACGAAGAGGAGAUCACUGGGGCCAGCUGCAAGGUGAACUGGCCGUCAGUGUGUGCCCCAACGGAGCAGGGGGCCCUCAGCGUCCCGGACCUCAAGCGCUUUGGCAGAGCGCUUCGGCUGCGCUGGCUAUGGAUCGCAUGGCACCACCCGGAAAAGCCCUGGGCGGGGUCUGAACUGCCAUGCAACGAUGCAGACAGGGCCCUCUUUGCGGCAUCGACCAAGGUAACGGUCGGAGACGGGACGCGGGCCUCUUUCUGGCUGUCGCCAUGGCUAGGGCACGGAACGCUGUCACAGCGUUUCCCCCAGCUGUUCAACCACUCCCGCCGCAAGCACAUAACAGUUCAGGAGGCAAUGAAAGGCGACACAUGGAUCCGCGAUCUCGCUCACGGGCAAAACCAGCACCUCCUUAGUGAGGUGCUAAGCCUGCACCACGAGCUGCAGCGCUCGGGACCGCCGGCACGGCCUGGGGAGCAAGAUGCCAUCAGUUGGAAACUAUCAGGCACGGGGUCGUAUUCGGCCAAAUUGGCAUACCGGGUGCAGUUCCAGGGAAGGAUAGCCACCAACUUUGACCAACUAAUCUGGAAGGCCUGGGCGCCAGGGAAGAUCAAAAUAUUCGCGUGGUUGCUGCUGCGGGAUAGGCUUUGGUGCAACGACAGGCUGCAGAGGCGGGGAUGGCCGAAUUCCUACUUCUGUCAACUCUGUGUCAGAAGCCUCGAGUCCUCGAGCCACCUGUUCUGGAAUUGCCCGGAGUCCAGGCAGGUUUGGAGCAGGAUCGGGCAAUGGCAAGGCUGCUCUUCGCUCUCUCCCGCAGCUAGCUGGUGCAGCAGAAACUCCACCACGAUCGUCCAAACCAUCCUAGCGCGCACAGACACACCUCACCGGCAAGGCGCGCGGUCGAUCUUGCUGCUGGCAUGCUGGGAGAUUUGGCAAGAAAGGAACAAAUGCACUUUCCGCCGCGGCAUCCCAAGCGUGAGAGAAAUCCUCAGGCGCAUCCGAGAUGGCAUCGAGCUUUGGAGGAUCACCGGAGCUUCAUGCAUUGAGAGCCCUUUUGGGGAACCACCAUGAGAGAGUAGGAUUUUUCCCUUUCGUGCCUUAGGGUUUGCGGCCGCCUGUGGCCAACCCUGCACUUGCGAUCUUAGGAUCUUCGCCCCGCAACUGUUUUAUCACUGCUUCCUGCUAAAUCAAUGAAAAGCCAGCGAUUGCUGGAUCUUUCAAAAAAAAUGUUCUAGUUUGUGCAUUGUAGAUCACAUACAAGGCUACUGGGUAAAUCUCAAGUAGGUAAGUAAUUACCUGUUGUGGAUUUCUCCAGUGCAUGCAUGUCUGAAACAAAGUAAAAUUGUUUUCUCUAGUUUUCAAGAGUAAUACACUUACAAUGGGUGAAACAAAUGUCUUGGAGCGCAUAUUCUAUGGACUCGAGAAACCAACGGAUCUGGCAUUAGCACUUCUACAGGAGAUCACUGAAAACUUCUCUGAAAAUAGAAAAAAUUGGCAAGGGCGGAUUCGGGGAGGUUUACAAGGGCAUGCUCCAAAAUUGUAUUGUUGUCGUGAAGAGGAUAAUUGUGAGUGAACACACAGUGGAUGACAGGUUUUUUGAUUGCGAGGUUAAAAACUUGAUGAAAGUUAGCCAUCUGAAUGUAGUCCGCUUUCUUGGCUUCUGUUCAAAUACACACCGCGAAGCAAUACAAUUUCCAGGAUCAGCAGAUUUCGUUUUCGUCCAGAAAAGAGAAAGGUUACUAUGUUUCGAGUAUAUCAACAAUGGAAGCCUUGAUAAACAUAUUACCGAUGAAUUGAGAGGGCUUGAAUGGAGUGUACGGUAUGAAAUAAUCAAGGGGAUUUUACAUGGUUUGCGUUACCUUCAUAUGGAGAUUAACAUUAUCCAUAUGGACCUCAAACCUAGUAAUAUAAUGCUAGACAAUGAUAUGGUGCCAAAGAUAACUGAUUUUGGUCUAUCAAGACUUGCUAAGAUCACACAUACCAGUGGUACCCGUUUUAUAACACAUGGAUACUGUGCUCCAGAAUACGAGAACUGUGGGAAGAUGUCAAAAAAGGUUGACAUGUAUAGCUUGGGAGUUAUAAUCAUUGAACUCGUAACAGGACGUAAGGGUGAUCCAAAUAAGACUAAUGUGCUUCGAAGGUGGAGACACAGGUGGAACAAUUCACCAAUGCAUUCACUACGUUCACAAUGCCAGCAAGUAACUAGAUGCUUGGAUAUAGGGGCACACUGCAGGAAAAAAGAACCAGAAGAUAGACCUUCUAUAUCAGCUAUAAUCGAUAUUCUCAGCAACAGUGAAAGCAUGGAUGAGCACAUUGAUCAGAUCAGCCUUUGCAUGGAUGAUGACAUGCUUGGAAUCAACCCGCUCGAACUAAGGUUUCCCUUCGAGCUUCAAAAGCAGAUGUCAUCCAUGGUAAUGCUAAUCAACAAGACAAAGAAUUACUAUGCUUUCAAUAUCGAAACGCCAGGCAAGCAGUACCGUACAGAACCAAACAAAGGCAUUCUGUCACCACAAUCCGAGGAUACUAUCCAGAUAACACUGGAAAUACAAGAGACUACACCGCACGAUCUGCCGUACUCCGACAAUUUUAUAGUGCAAAGCACAAAAGUCAAUGGGGAUUUUAGGGCCGAGGAUAUCACCAAAUACAUGUUCCAAAAAGAGCCAGUUGAAGUGGAUGAGGUAAAUUUGACGGUUGUAGUAUAUGAGAAUGAGGGACCUAAGGAAGAUCUCAAGAUUCGUGAAGAUACCAAGAAGAAACAAAAAUCGAUGAUUGAAUCUGCUUUGAGCACGGACAAACCUGGCGUUAACACAACUCACGAAGCAGAGGCCAUUCACAUGGAGAUAAAUUCUAUCAGCUACAAAUAUGCACGAGGACAAUGUAUCAAGCAACCAGAGCGUCUUAGUUUCCUCACAACUCCUAGACUUUUGUGUAAUCAGCAGACCAACAUGAGCGACAGAGCCGUGGAUCUUGUAACUGGGGCCAUGGGCAGCCUACACCAUAAGCUUGACGAUCUCCUCAAGGAAGAGUACAAUCUAGAGAAAAGCAUGAAGGGAGAAAUAGAUUUUCUAUCAGAAGAGCUGAGGGAUAUGCAGCUAGCCAUCCGGAAGGUGUCGGGGGUACAUCGGCACAACCUUGACGAUGAUGUCAUGCACUGGGUUGACACUGUCAGGGAGAUGUCAUAUGACAUUGAGGAUGUUGUUGAUGGUUUCCUGGUACACGAUGAGCCUCCAUCUAACACAAGCUUCUUCAGGGGGCUCAUUGAGCACAUGUUCAACCACUUCAAGUGGGGCAAGACUCACAAUCCAAUUGAAGAUGCUGUCAAAGAUAUCAAGAAACAAGUUGAGGUUGUGGCUGAAAGACGUAAAAGGUGGAAGGUUGAUGAAACAAUGGCUAAUGUAGCUUCCAAAAUUACCAUCGACCCUCGCAUUUCGGCUAUAUACAAAGAUCAGAAAGAACUUGUUGGCAUCAAAGAGCCAAGUAAUGUGCUAAUUCAGUGGCUUUCUGAUAAGGAUGGGGCUAUGGACGUGUCAAAACAGCAACUCAAGAUAGUCUCUAUCGUUGGAUUUGCAGGAUUGGGCAAGACAACACUUGCCAAGGCGGUGUAUAACCAGCUUCAAUCCCAGUUUGGUCCUAAGGCUUUUGUUCCAGUGGGUCGUAAUCCUAAUUUGAAAAAUGUUUUUGAGGCAAUUCUCCAUGGACUUAGCAAAGAAUCGAAUGCAGAAAACUUAAACGAAAUGCAGCUCAUCAACAAAAUCCGAGGAUUGCUCAAGAACAUGAGGUACUUCAUAGUAAUCGAUGAUAUAUGGGAUUCCCCAGCAUGGAAUCUUAUUAAAUGUGCUCUUCCAAAUGACGAUUGUGGCAGUUGUGUGGUGACAACUACAAGGAUUCGCUCUGUUGCGGAUGACUGUUACAAACACAGCAGAGGAUAUGUUCAUGAGAUGAAACCACUAAAUGGCCAAGACUCGAAAAACCUAUUUGUUUGUAGAAUGUUUGGUUCCCCUAAAGUACCAGAAGAUAUUUCAAAUGAUAUUCUGAAAAAAUGUGGUGGCUUGCCCCUUGCUAUUAUUAGUAUAGCAAGUCUUCUCGCACAUAACCAAAGGCCAGGAUGGGAUUCUAUAAGGAAUUCUUUGGUGUCUGUGUUUGAAGAAAAUCAUGAUGAUCUUAAAGAUAUGAAGCAAAUAUUGGAUCUUAGCUACAUGCAUCUCCCUCAUCAUCUUAAGACAUGCCUUCUUGAUAUUGGGAAGUACCAAGAGGACCAGGAGAUAGAGAAGGAGGAUAUGUUGAGGCAAUGGACAGCUCAAGGUUUUGUGAGUGCAACUCGUGUGCGUGAUGCAGAGGAUGUCGCAGAAGACUACUUCUAUGAACUCAUCAACAUGAGCAUGAUCCAACCUGGCAAGAUGGACUUCGAUGAGGUGUUGUCUUGCAGAGUGCAUGAUAUAAUGCUUGACCUUAUCAGAUCCAAGGCCACGGAAGAGAAUUUCAAUCUUUUAAUAGAUGGGCCAAAAGUUGUUAGAGGGGAACACAAAAGGGUCCGUCGAGUGGCCAUUUACUAUGAUGGCGAAGAAGAUGGCGGAAUACUGGCAGCAAUCAAUGAUGGAUCACUAUCGCAUGUUCGAUCAGUCUUACUUUUCAGAGGGUGUCUUGUGCCUUCUUUUCUGGUGCUGAAGUAUAUCCGAGUUCUUCAGCUUGAAGGUGAAAGAGGCCAGAGUCUAGACCUCACUGGUAUCCGUGCAUUAUUUCUACUAAGGUAUCUAAAGAUUUAUUGCAAGAAAGGUUUGACGCUACCUAGACAAAUUGGCGAGCUACAACAAUUGGAGACAUUACAAGUUGAAGGGUUAAAUGAACUGGCAUUUCUCCCAUCAGAUAUUUUUACUUGGCCGCGGUUGUCACAUAUUAGUUAUUUAGAUGGUGUCGUGUUGCCUGACGGGAUUAGUGGCUUGAAAUCUCUGCGCACUCUGCGAGGUAUUGCUUUUUUGGAAAGCUCAGUGGACAAUAUCAAGGGCCUUGGCGAGCUGACCAAAUUGAGGGAACUUGAGAUGUUUUCGGAACUUCGGAUCUGUAAUGAAUCGGAUAAAUUCGAGUGGGACAUGCAUAUUGAUGCCUUGCGCUCUUCCAUUGUAAAGCUUUCGGGUAGUCUCAGGAGUCUUACUAUCGGAGAAGGAUGCCUCACCUUGCUACCGGUCCAUGGGUGGAGCAGCACACUAACCCCACCUCGCCAUCUUCAGAAACUCAAUCUGUCUAGCUGCGAUUUCCGAAGAAUCCCCGAGUGGAUCUCUCAGCUCCGUGAGCUCUACAGUUUAACACUUUUCGUCAGGGAGCUGGCUGAUAGUGUCAGUAUCGUUGCAGGGUUGCCUUCCCUUGCAUACUUAGAACUGGAGGUUGGCCCUAUCAAUUUGCAGUCCUCCAAGGAGAAGGUAAUCAUCUCAGGUAGGGAAUUUGGAGCGCUCAAGCACCUGAUUUUGCGAUGUCCCAAUCUGUCGCUGGAAUUCAAGGAAGGUGCUCUGCCCAGGCUGGAGAAGCUCCACAUAUGCUUCCGUUACUUCAUGUCUGCUGAAUUCCUACCGGUUGGCAUUAAGCACUUGCCAGUUGGCACUCUUCCGGAAAUCCGUUUAACGAUGGUGUCCACGGAAGAUACGGGGAAAGUGGCUUGCCAUAUCGAACAACUCAAGGCAGUUAUUCGGCUACGGUUGAAGAGAGCAUUUGAGCUGCAUCAUGCUACUGCCGACAUCACUGUGGAGUCGUGAUAACUCUGUGCCUUAAAGUCUUGUCCCCUGUUCGAAUGUGAUUUCCUAUUGUAAAGCAUGCAGA